GUAGGCCACGCCAUCAUCCCACGGGCCUUGAGCACAAACAGGCCACUGAUAAGCCCAACUUCCGGGAUGCGGCAUCCCCUAAUGCCUUGUCUUUGCCUCUUGACCUGCUCGCGCCAGCCACUCUCUUUCUAGGCGUAUCGACCCCUGCCAUUUAAAGGAGUUGUUCGUCAAGCGCAUACAGCUGCACCUGUUGUAUUUAUCCACGUCAACGGACACUUGGCAUCCUUGCAGUGAAACAGAUACCGAUCCAUCCACCAACAUCCGAGGCUCCUUAACAUCUCCACAAGGCUGGCACAGGGCUAUCCAAGAUCACCCAUCAACUUCUCAGCAAGAGAACAAUGAACACCACUGCUCUGGUCUCUGUACACAUGCGCCAUGACCUGUGCUAUGCAGGCACUGGGCUCCUCGACCGAUUCGUAUUACGGCUCGACCGACUCGCAUAACGGCUCAACCGACCGCACUGAAGUGCUCGAACAUACAUUUGGCGGUCCUGAUAUUGGCCUUUUCAAAAACCCUGCGCGAAUUAUUGUUGCAUCACCCUUGAGCAGAUUACAUGAAAUCACACUUGCACAGGAGGAGGUUUCGCAGGCAAGGAAGGACUUGCUUGUCGAGCGCUCGAAAGCAAAAGCAGCCGGAGAAACCGUGCGAUUACAACGCUUCGUGACUGGGACCACCGAGGGUCAACUCCUGAGCGCAUUGCGUGAAUUCUAUAACGCUAACGCAGAGGCGCUGCCACCAUCUAUCACAAAAGCAUAUGAAAGGGUAAUUCAGGAAAGAGAUCGACUGGGUCUCAUGGAGGAUAGUUAUAUUGAAGCUGAAAGAACUCUUGGAGGAUCGGAAUGGAGAUUCAUGCAGAAGGAAGAGAUGCUGUACCAGUAUCACUUUCCGGACUUACGGGCCCACAUGGAAUCGACUUUACCCAAAUAUGAUGCUAGAACACAAUCGCGUCCUCCGCCACCUCCCGACCCAGUUUUCCUAGGAAAUCAGACGGUUCUUGUCCACGACGCUCCUCCGCCUCCUCCGCCCCCGCUUCCGCCCCCGCCUCCGCCUCCGCCUCCUCCCCAGUACUUGCCCUUGAACUCACGUGAGCCUGUGAACGUGGCCGAACCGCCGCCUCAAACUCAAAUUAAGUUGAAUCCUGAGGCACACUUUGAAGAUCAAUAUAAAGCCGCGGUAACGGAGCUCGACAAUCUCAGGAAAGAAUUCGACUCAUUGCGUCCACAACAGUGGGAACUCCUGGAUCUGGAAUUUGAAAAACCAAUCACCCACGUCGAAGCUCCUGAGCAACGUGUUCUCUUCCAAAUUUUAUUUGAUAAAUACAGCACUCUGCUGACAGAAAUCAUGAAAAAAGAUGUCGAAGUCCAGCAUCUGCGUCAAAAUAGAUGGGGUACUCCCGACAUUCAUACCGACUUGAGCCGGCGAAUGUCUGAUGAAUGGAUGCUGGACUAUGCCAAGACCAAUGCUAUCGAGCGGACAAUGUACUUCAACGUUCUUGAAGAAAAAAAGAUAUUGUUACCGCACGGUGACUCAGUAGACGAAUGGUCAGAGCGGUAUUGGUUCUCCCACGCAACGAACUCCUCGAAUGAUGGUCAAGAUUCCACUCACACGGUUGGCAGUCGAUCACAUUCGACCUCUUUCACGAGUAGUAAUAUCGAUCUGUCGGCACUGGCCAUUUUGACGCCUGGAAGAUGUAUUUAUCCAUCAAGACGGCGACCACAACAAAGCCUCCCAUCGUUGGCUUCCGAGAAGUUGCUCUCCCGCCUUCAGAACGUCGAAGUACGUCCAAGACGAUUUUCGCUCAGCGCUACAAAAGGCGAUAUAUCAGAACAUGAUUCGAGGCAAGCGGAGCCGGCCGACCACUCGAAUGACCUGCUGAUGUCGGGUCACGCAUCAGAGUCAUUACAUCACCAUCGAAGCCAAAGCUUCCCAGCAGUACUCAGGCCAAAUGUUGUUACGCACACUGGUGGAGGUUCUUGUAGACAUUUCCCAGUUCUAUCACAGGCAAUUAUGUGUUGAUUGAAGUGUUUCCGUUCAGGAUAUCGCACGGACUCUCUCGCAUGUACUGCUUUCUGACUAAAACAGAACGCCAAACCAGUGUUCAUCAUUUAAAAGUUCACUCAACGUGGUGACUGAAUACCCGAUAGCAAUACUUCAAACUUCAAGUAUACCUGGGGGAGGUAGGC